AAAAAAUAUUGAUUGAAAGUGGGGCCGAUGGAUGCAAAGAGAAUCACGAUUGGACCUGUUUGUGGACCCCAUAGCACAAAAGUGGGCCCAUUAAGACAUAUUGUAUAUAAGCCUGCAAGAGCUGAACUCAUACCCGUCAAGGUGGGGUCAAUAGAAUCCAACUCCUCAACAGCUCACCCACCUUCCUCACUCUCAAUUCACAAACCCUAGAUUUUCGUUGUCCCUACCAUAACCCUCGGUCAUGGAUUCCCAGUCACAACCCAAUACGCAGUCCAUCGUAGCUCGCAAACCCUCGUCAAAGGACCGCCACAGCAAGGUGAACGGCCGGGGACGCCGGAUCCGGAUGCCUGCUCUUACCGCAGCCCGGAUCUUUCAGCUGACACGAGAGCUUGGCCACCGAUCCGACGGAGAGACCAUUGAGUGGCUCUUGCACCAGGUCGAGCCAUCACUCAUUACCGCUACAGGGUCUGGCAUUGCGCCUUCUACCGCAGAUUCCUCCAACGACGGACCCGUCCCUCUCUCAUCGGUUCCGCCAGCCACCUCGUCCCAGGCACAACCCGGGAUGUAUGAGGUGGCGCCGCCAAGCUGUCGGCUUAACUUAGGGAUCGAAUACCGGAACAUGCCGUUCACACAGUUGUUGUUGCAGCCGGAGACCGAGGCUUCCGAAGAGAGGCAGCAGGAGGAGGAGGUUACCGACAAUCAUCCGCACGAAGUGUAAAAACUUAAAAUUUCCAUUUAGACGGUGUGAUUGGGCUAAAUAGGCGUCUUCUUCAGUAACUAAUUUUAGGGUUUUAAGUGUUUGUGCGGGUGGCGGAGAUGUCAAAAUAUUAUAUAAAUCAAAUUGAAAUUUUAUGGCCCCUUAUGUACAGAGUUUGAAGACUGCAUGAAGCACAAAGAUUUCACUUCCCUUGUAUUGAUAAUUUCUCAAUAUGAGCUCUGUUUUACCUGUGCA